AUGGCCAGGGCCGGGAUGCGCACAACACACGCCGAUCGCGAGCGUGUAGGGCCAGUGCCCCACACGCAAACACGGCCGGCGAGCAGGCGGGCGGACAACUGGACGGGCGAGCAGGCGAGAGGACAGGCCACAGUAUACGCCGACCGCGAGCGCGCCGGGCGAAUGCCCAGCACGCAGGCACAGUCGACGAACACGGGUAGGCGGGAGAGCAGCGGACGGACGGACGGACGGGUGGGGACAGGGCACGCCACCACAUAUAACACGCCCACCGCGGGCAAACAGGCGGGCGGGCCCAGAAGCGGGCGACAACACGCACGCCGCCCACGAGCGCACGGGGCAAAUGCCCAGCACGCAAGCGUGACCAACGAACGAACCGCCCGGCCGGGUCGUGCGCAACACGCCAACCACGAGCACACAGGGCCAGGGCCCGGCGUGCAAACGCAGCUGACGAGCGCGCCGUGGGUACGGGAGCAACAGCGAGCACGUCGGAGAGCGUGCAGAUGGUAUCACCGAGGUACCCCAACCCGCGGUCCACCGCCAACACUGGCAGUGAACCCGGGUAGGGUACGGGUAACACCGCCCGCGGGUACGGGUACCCGGGUCGCGGGUGCGGCGAGCGAGGGAUCAGGCGGGCGGAUGGGCUGGCAGAUGACAGCACUGGUGGCGACAGCACACACCGACCGCGAGCGCUCUGGGCGAAUUCCUAGCACGCAGACACGACCGGCGAACGCACACGCAGAACCGCGGAAACACGGCCGACAAGCGAACCACGGGCGCAUGAGCAAAGGGUGGGUGAUGACCACAGAGGUGGAUGGUGGGCGAGGAUGGGUCGGUGACAACGGGCAGGGCCAGCAGACGGGAACGCGACACAUGGUGACUGCGAACACGACGCACGCGGCGAUUGCGAGCGGAUUUAGGGCGAGGGCGAGGACGGAGGGCACGGCAAGGGCAGGGCACGGGUGA